AUGGCGGCUCUACCAGCAAUGCGCCCAUUGGGCUGCUUACGGUCCUUGAUGAGGGCGUCCGAGCCUCUUCAACCCAUGAUCAACCGCCGAUUUAUCUCAACGGCCUAUUCCAAGAGGCCCGAGAGAGUGCCUCUUCCCUCGGACAUGCCUCCCCAAUUCCUUUCCCAGAUCCCUCCUCGUUUCCGUCCUGACCCUGGUGAGUAUUUUGAAGUCAAUUCAAUGCUUGAUCUCGCCUUUACUAACCACCAAUUUCUCAAUAGAGCGUCAACCUAUCAAAAUCUACCCUGCUCCCCCUCCACCCGCAAAGCAUGCAAAGAUCCCAUCGCAGCGGUCACCGAAUCUCAAUUAGCAGUCCUCGACCCCAAGGGUGACCGCAAAGCCAUGUUCGACUACCGACGCAACCCGCGCAGUGUCAAGCCCGGCGACAUCGUCCGCGUGACCUUCAAGAACGGCGACCCAUUCAACGGAGUUGUUCUCAGCAUCAAGCUGCGCGGAAUUGAGACCUCUUUCCUCCUGCGCAACGAGCUUACCCGUGUUGCCGUCGAGAUGUCCGUCAAGGUCUUUAGCCCCAACGUCAACAGUGUGGAGAUCGUCCAGCGCUCCGAGAAGAAGCGCAGACGCGCCAGAUUGUACUUCAUGAGAGACCGCAAGCACGACCGCCGCAGCGUGGAGAACAUCGUCGCCAACUAUGUUCGCCAGAAGAAAGCCUUCUUGGGCGGUGGCAACCGACGACGUUGA